AUGAACUCGACCAACGAUGAUCCAUUUCCAUCCCUUUUGAGAGCAAUUUUAUUCCGAAAUGAAGAUUGUCUUGGAGUGUUCAGUGAUCGUACUGCUAUUUUGUUGUGCGAAGAGGCGUCAACUUUUUACUAUUUUAGCAACAUCAGUAGGUCGGAGGAUGAGAAAGAAAUCAAUGAGAUACUCGGGGAGAAAUCGUCAUCAUUUGAAUUUCAACUCACGGCGUUUGUUCAGAACAAAGGAAAAGAGCAAAUCAAAUUCAAGCUGAAUCAAAUCUUAAUGUUUUUUAAUUGUCAUGUUGAGAGCCCUUACCUUUCUGAUCAAGUGCUUAUACAAAAUGGAAUCAAUCGACGUACUUUUAAUUCGCAAGUAAUGAUGUCCACAGUUCAAUGGAAAUAUAAUUCUGAUUAUGUCUCAUUUAACAGAGAUGGAUCUGUAACAUUGAGGUGUGUUACAUAUCCCGAUUAUGUUUAUAUUACAGUAGCUCCGAAUGGUGUGCUGUUCAAAGUCACGUUUCCUGCUCUUGUUCAUUCAAGAAAUCAAGACCUGUAUCAAUAUAUACUUCAAGAUCAAUUGUUCUCAAUUCAUUAUUAUCCUAGUGAAUGGGAGGACGCUUUAAAAAUUGCACUGUUUUACUUUAAGCAACGAACGAAUAGAGAUGACACUCCUGUCAACAACGAGCACACAACUACAAUGAGCGUUCCUAAAACAAAACCUCCUUUUAGAAAAAAGGACAGUACUCCCACCGGUAUUAAUAUUUCUUCACUAGCUUGUGUGGUUGGCACUAUUGCAUCUCAUCCUCUCCACCAAAGUUGUGUCUCAUUUCUUACAUGCUGUCUUGGUAAAAAUAACAACGUAUUGAUAGAAUUUAAUGAAUACAUGACAAUGAAAUAUUUACGAAAAGUUACUGAACUAAUUUUAAAUAAGGAGGAAUAUUGUUUUCUUUCAGACAAUACUACUUUUCUAAAAUAUUGGACCUAUGACCACUCGUUCCAAAAACCCAUAUCAAAAGUUUAUGAUAUCAAUUUAUUACCUCAAGAAAUAUAUCGGUUUUGUGAUAACAAUGUUGGUGGUGUAAAAAUUGAGUCAUCCAUUCCAAUUAAGGACCUACUUGCUGUGAUGCAUUAUUUCUACCACUCAUGCUCUAAAGUUGACGACAAUACAAAGCAAGUAGAUGCUAACAACACCUCGGACAAAUAUUCUUCAGUUCUACUUGCCAAGAAAACAUUCAAUAAUAUUGGAUCUUUUGAGAUGUAUGCAGACAAAAGAGUUAGAGCAAAAUUUGAUGACAGAACUAUUGUGGAAAUUCAAGAAAAAGACUCCAAUUCGUCGUUAUUGGUUUCGAUAUUAUCCUCGACAGCAGAAAUCUCUCAUUUCUUUCUUGAUAAAGAUUCCAAGGUCCCAAUGUUGUUUAGACGGUAUAUCGAUGUUGCAUUAGAGUUCAGAAAAGAAUGUCUUAAAACAGAACAAGAAAAACAACAAGAAAAGAAACAAGAGAUUGAGCUCGAGAAAAUUAUUCAAGAUUGCUAUCAAUCCAAUUCCCUCUUCUUGGCCAUUAACCAGUUCAAAAGGAAUCAAGCAAACUUUGAACGUAUGAAAAUAUAA